AUGAGCUUCGGACGUCGUAUUUGUCACAUUCAGAUAAGCGCUUCGGCGGCAGCAAACGCAGCAAAUCACUCGACCAGUGUUUUGGUGCCGUUGAAGACGUUAAAUUUCGCCAACAAAGGGAGCCUAUCCAAUCCAGCUCCCGCAGAAGUGCCACCACCAGUCCUCCCGACAACCUCAUCACCGACCAGAAUCACCGUCACUCCUGCUCCGGCCGCUAUCGCCGGAAGUGGCGCCGGAGAUCUGGGCCGUCUUAUGAAAACAACAUGGGAUGAUAUCAAGGAGCUGUUAGGGUUUGUGCCAACGUGCCUCAACGGUGGCACCCGAACACCUGGCACGACUUGCCGCUGUCCGAAAUUGUUCGAGGGUGCUUUAUGCGACAAAAAAAUCUGUCUGAAUGGUGGAAAAUUGGAAAGGGCAAAGUAUGGGCCUGUUUCUUGGGAUUGCAAAUGUCCUACUCCACAGUAUAUAGAGGGUACACACUGUGAGACUGUACGAUGUGCGAAUAAUGCACCGUUACGUACAGAAACGAACGGUAGUUGGUGGUGUGAUUGUUCGGGUAGUACUUUUUAUACGGGACGUUUUUGUGAGGAAUUUUCCGCACCGUAUGCAAUAUUUGCGGUACCAUUAGCGUGCUUGCUGCUGUUCGCAUUGUGUAUAGCAGUCUGUCAAAUGGAUUUAUUCGCACGCGACGUCCGACAUCAGUCCAUUUUCGCAUCAUCGGUGGAAACUGGUCAAGCGCAACUGCACCCCAGCACAGCCGGAUACUGGCGCGUUCGUCGAACGCCGGCUGGAGCUCAGCCCAGACCUCGCACUACUCAGCCAUCGUCUCAGCGAGCAGCUGUCACUCAGCAACUUCUCAUAACUGAAGACAGAGGAUUAUGCCGUCGUAGUGCGGCAUAUCCGCAAGGUAUCGUCGCACCGUAUGUGAUUCGAUUGGACACUAUACCUCACUUUAAUCCACAUAUGAUAGGUGGAGUCGAACCAAUACCGAUAGCGAAACCAAUGGAUCCACCACCCUCUUAUGAACAAGCUGUAUCAGCUCCUCCAGCUCCUCAACCGCCAAGCUACACGGAAUCAGCAAAUGAGCGUCCGCCUCCGCCGCCGCCAUCAUUACCGCCUAUUCAACCGCCACCGCCUAAUCGUUUACCACCUCCACCUCCGUCACCAUCCUCAUGA